AUGUCAUCUAUUACAUCACAUAUGAGGGGUUAUUUAAUGUAUGUUUUAACUGUGGCAUCUAUGGAAUGGGCAUUGAACAUUGCACCUGCAUGCAGCCGGAACCUAUGA